AUGGAUCAUGAUCACUCUUCCAAACACCGUGUCAUAACUCUUCUCAACGCCCUCAAAGAAGCUUCCAAACAUCUCCAAACCAAAACCAACCCUUUCACUUUUCUCUUCAAACCCGACUCUAAAUCCGCCAUUGAAGCUCUCCUUGAACUCGAAUCAAAAGCAACCAUCAUCUUCUCAUCUCACCCAAAUCUCCACAGUCUCUCUCACUCACUCACAACUCUCAAAACCUUAAUCGAAAAUCUCCAAAACUGCAAACCCCACGGAGUUAAAUCCAUCCUCCAACGCCAAAUCAUCGCAUACAAGAUUUCCCAAGCUUCUUCCUCUUUAGAAUCCGAAAUUCAAAUCUACUUAGAUCGUGUCAUCGUUAUAAACCUCGUGAAAGCACUUCAAGAACAAGAAAACGAAGAGGAACAGGUUCAGGCUAUUGUCGAGUUUCAACAGAGGUUGUCGAAGGGUUUUGAUUUGGAGUUUCAAGAUUUGAUUUUGCGGGCGAAAGUGUUCACCCUUUUGGAAACUACUUUGGUUGAAAGUUUUUAUUCGAAAAGGGUUCGAGAAGAAUCUGCUAUGGCGAUAGCAGAGUUGGUGAAAUUCAACAAGAACGUGUUUGUUGGGUUAGUGUUAAUGGGUCCAACGAUUAAAGCUUUGAUAUCAAUGGCUUCUGAAUGUUCUAUAAAGGUUCUGUGUUUACUUGUUAGAAUCAUUCGAAGUCCUUUGGUUGAUGAGAUUUUUUCUAAGGGAGAGAUUUCAACUAUUGUUGAGUUUUUGUUGUCGAGAGAUUUGUGUGUUCGUGUUGCGGCUUUGGAUUGUGUUCUUGAGCUUGGUUAUAUUGGGAGAAGGGAAGUUAUUGAAGCAAUGAUGGAACAAAGCUUGGUGAAGAUACUAAUGGAUUUGCAGAGAAGAGAUGAUUGUGUUUUUGAUGGUUGUGUUUCGAGAUUUGCGAUACAAUUGGAAGUUGGUGAAGGUUUGAGUUGUGAAGAGAAAAGUGAGGUGAAAUUAGAGAUGUUGAGGUUGGUUAAGGAAGCUUCAAGAUCAGAUGCAGAGUUUGCUAGUGUUAGUGCUGAGAUAUUGUGGGGUUCUUCACCUUAG